AUGGCUAUUCAAUUAAAGAUUACUCUUUCAUUCAAUCAACCAAAUUUUUCUUCAACAGCCACUUGGAAUUUAAAUGGAAUUACUUUUGCUAAUCGAUCGAUUGUUGGUGGAUAUCUUAUAAAUAUUUUUGUGAGCACAAACAAUACAAUCUAUAGCACUAAUCAAGAAAAGAACACAAUUCUAAUAUGGCAUGAAGAGAGUGUCAGUCCAACAAAGAUCAUUCGCGGUGAUUUUAGAGAUGCCCAUUCUCUCUUUGUGACAUCGAAUGGUGAUAUUUAUAUUGAUGGUGGCGAGGAGACUGGUCGAGUACAGAAAUGGAUAGCAGAAACAAAUAUCUUUGUCACGGUGAUGAAUUUCAACUCAGUAUGUUAUAGUUUGUUUAUCGAUAUCAAUGAUACUCUCUAUUGUUCAAUGUAUGAUCAUCAUCAAGUAGUGAAAAGAUCAUUAAAUGAUUCUUUGGUGACUUCAAAUCGUAUUGCUGCUGGAGCAGGUAAGGACGGACCAGCCUCGAAUCAACUCCACGGUCCUCGUGGGAUCUUUGUCGAUGUCAAUUUGGAUUUAUAUGUCGCAGAUUCUCUAAAUGAUCGAGUUCAGCUAUUUCAGUCAGGGGAAUCAAAUGGCAUCACAGUAGCUGGAAGUGGAUCACAAAAACCAACUAUUAUACUUAUCUGUCCGAUUGCGAUUAUAUUAGAUGCUGAGAAAUAUUCAUUUAUUGUGGACAAUAACAAUCAUCGAAUUGUUGGUUCAGGCUUGAAUGGUUUUCGAUGUUUAUUUGGAUGUUAUGGAGAAGGUUCACAAUCCAAUCAAUUGAAUUAUCCAGCUGGUUUGAGUUUUGAUCGUUCCGGAAACAUAUUUGUUCCUGAUACAUUUAAUCAUCGAAUUCAAAAAUUUUUAUUGAUGAAAGAGUCUUUUGUCUCAAAUCUUUCAUUCAAUCAACCAAAGUUUUGUCUAAAACCCAUUCGGAAUUCCAAUGGAAUCAUCUUUGCUGAUCAAUCAAUUGUUGGUUCGAAUCCUAUCGCCAUUUUUGUAAACAUAAAUAACACAAUCUAUGUCGCUAAUCGAGAUGAGAAUACAAUUCUAAUAUGGCAUGAAGAGAGUGUCAAUCCAACAAAGAUCAUUUCUGAUAAUUUUACUCAACCCUCUUCUCUCUUCGUGACAUCGAAUGGUGAUAUUUAUAUUGAUGAUGGCGAGGAGAAUGGUCGAGUGCAGAAAUGGAUAGCAGAAACAAAUAUCUUUGUCACGGUGAUGAAUGUCAACUCAUCAUGUUAUGGUUUGUUUAUCGAUAUCAAUGAUACUCUCUAUUGUUCAAUGUAUGAUCAUCAUCAAGUAGUGAAAAGAUCAUUAAAUGAUGCUGUGAUGACUUCAAAUCGUGUUGCUGCUGGAACAGGUAUUAAAGGAUCAGACUCGAAUCAACUCCACGGUCCUCGUGGGAUCUUUGUCGAUGCCAAUUUGGGUUUAUAUGUGACAGAUUGUUACAAUAACCGUGUUCAGUUGUUCCAACCGGGAGAAUCAAAUGGUAUCACAAUAGCUGGAAGUACACCAAAAAUUAGACUUGAUUGUCCAAGUGGGAUUAUAUUAGAUGCUGAGAAACAUUUAUUCAUUGUAGAUCAGAAUAAUCAUCGAAUUGUUGGUUCAGACUUAAAUGGUCUUCAAUGUUUAUUUGGAUGUUAUGGAGUGGGUUCGCAAUGUAAUCAAUUAUAUUAUCCAUCUGGUUUGAGUUUUGAUCGUUCCGGAAACAUGUUUGUUACUGAUACAUCAAAUCAUCGAGUUCAAAAAUUUAAAUAUUUAAAAAGACACUGUGUGACGGUGAAUAAAAGUGGUUACUACAAUUUCCGUGGUAUUGGUGCUAUUGAUCCGUAUGGAUCUAUUUACAACAACAAAUUUAAUCCACUCGAUCCAUCAGAGAAUUUGCUCGAUAAAGAUUAUGCCCAUUACUCUGAUAUGCAGUUUAAACUUGAUAUUCAUCUUGAUGUUGACAUAAUCUAUGUAUUGGUUAUGACAACAUUUGAGUCAAAAGACACUGGAGACUUUUCGAUCAAUGUGUCGGGUGAAAAUGAAGUUAUAUUCAAUCGUCUUAGUACUCCAGUGAACAUUCAGUUAAAAUAUCCAUCAAAAUUAACUGAUAAUAGUCCAACAUAUUAUCGAGAUUGUCAAGUACCACAAUGUCAUUAUGAAACAUUACAAAUUCAUGUCAAUACAACGGGUUUGUAUGUUCUUUGGAGUGAAAGUAAUAUUAAUACAUAUGGAUAUAUCUACAAAAAUGAUUUCAAUCCUCUAAAACCAUCUGAAAAUUUACUCCUAUCAUAUGGCGAUCCAAAACAAAGUAGUUGUGUGAUCGGUGAUCAAUGUAACUUUUACAUCAAAGGGAUUGGUUUAACACUCGAUGAUAUUUUACGUGAUGAACUUCAGCCAAACACAAUGUUAAAUAAUCAAUCAUUUUCGAUUAAAUUAAGUGCGGGUUUAACAAUAAUUAUGUUCAUCGCAGGAUUAAUCAAUAGUGUUCUCUCUUUUAUUACAUUUCAACAUAAAGAUUCACAACAAGUUGGAUGUGGAAUGUAUCUAUUAGCAUCAUCGAUUACUUCUCUUUUAGCAAUUAGUAUAUUCAUAAUUAAAUUCUGGUUUGUUGUUCUUACUCAUAUCAAUGUGUCCACUAGUCUCUCUGUUCUUCGUGGAAGUUGUGUAUCUAUUGAACCGAUCCUAAAACUUUUUCUCUACUUGGAUGGUUGGCUUAAUGUUUGUGUAGCAGUUGAACGAGCAGUACUUAUUUUUAAAGGAGUAAAAUUUGAUAAAAAAAAGAGCAAAUUUAUUGCUCGACGAACAAUUCUUAUUUUACCAUUCUGUAUUUUUGGUACUCUUAUUCACGAGCUCGCAUUUCGCAGAUUGUUCGUUUAUGAAACAGGAUUAGAUAAGAUAGAUACGAAUAAGACUAAUGAAGACACAAUCAAACGAUAUGUAUCAUGUAUCACUCAUUAUUCUCCUUCUGUCCAAGAUUACAAUACAGCCGUUCUAUUUUUUCACCUUGUUGGUCCAUUCAUUGUCAAUCUUUUCUCUGCACUAUUUAUUAUCUUUGGAGGUGCUCAUCAACGAUCAAUGGCACGAACUAACCAAAGUUUUAAAGAACAUGUUCAACUACAAUUCAGUGAACAUAAACAAUUAAUCAUUAGUCCAAUAGUUUUACUCGUUUUAUCAAUACCUCGUCUCAUUAUUUCAUUACUUCCUGGUUGUGUGAAAACAUCUGAUAACUUGUGGUUGUAUCUUGGAGCAUAUUUCAUUUCGUUUACUCCUUCGAUGCUAAUUUUUCUUAUCUUUGUCUUUCCAUCGGAAUUGUAUAUGAAAUCGUUUAAACAAUCUAUGAUUCGUAUUCGAAGACGUACUCCUCUUUGA